GUUUCGAAGGUGUGUGUUGUUCGUUUUUGUGUGAGGUGCUGGAAGGUACUAAAUUGGCUACGAUACGAAUAAUCACAUAAAUAAGUACGCAAUAGCCGGUUAACUACUGCUGAAGCUGUGGGAUAAAGCUACCGAACCUCCCACCACCACGAGAAUACGCCGGACGGGGUAACGACGCACACAUCGUACACAGGCGGGCACACAUACCGACGGAUCCAGAUACAGGGCCUGAUCAACGGGGCUGAUUGGUGCGACGGCGCGGUGCGGUGCGAGACGGGGACAUUUCUACUCAUAAAGACGCAUAGCUCUCGCGCAACCGCAAUUUGCAAAUGUACGCGGUUCAGUCGUGCACGUUCCUCUGCCACAGUUUCAGUCACAGUUGAGCAUUGUCCGGGUCUUGUCCGUACCAAUCGCGGGUGUGUUAGAGAGCCAAGUCGUACGGUAAAAGGGAAUUUAGAGAGUUAAUUGUUUGGUUAGCGAGUUCAGUUUGUUUUUGGUUUGGUUCAGCGUAAAGCGUACGUGCUUCUUGUUCGGCAUUCGGCACCAGUUUGUAGUUCAAGGCCAAGGGUAAAACAUCAAACUCUAAUCUCCACGGUAACAGGGCAAGGUUGUGCGUGUGUUUAUAGAUUUUUUGGUUGUAGCAGUAGCGGAGAAGGCACAAUGGCGCAGCAAGUGCAGCACGUAUUCAAGGCCACACUGGCCAAAACGACGGGCCAAAGGGCGAUGUCUACCGGUAUCAUCGGCGCGUUGGAUGGUGGUUCGGCGGCGAAGAAGACCGCAACACAAUCGUCCGGUCUGCACAUGUCCGUGCAGCGCAGCUAUCCGCUGGCGGCCGCACUUCCACUUCCCCCGAACAUCGAUGCGUCGGAAACGAGACGCUUUUCGCCGUUGCGCUCGCGCGACAUUAAUGCGACGGCGCUGCUGACGCACCAAUCGUACGCACCGAACGCCGGGCUGAUCGACGUAACGGUGGACAUGAGCAAUGGCGGCCAGCAGGGUAUGGUCGAUCCGCACGUCGAGUCGUACGACUGUACCGGCGCGGUCAGCCUGAACUCGUCAAUGCAAAGCAACGUGCCGAGCCCGUUCGGCGGCAUGCACAAGUUUACGCAUCUGAACAUGCCGGGCGGUGCCUGGGCGCAGGAGAGCAAGUUCCUGUCGCACGAGCUGAACUCGUCGCACUACACCAACCUGCGGCAGGAGGUGCGCUCCGACUGGAGCAGCUACGAGGACCGUCCGAUCAAGACGGAAGGGUCGGGGGGAUCGGUGAAUUCGUUUUCCAGCGUUGGUAGUAGUAGUGGUACGUUCGGUACGGGCCGUCGGGCCUUUUCGCUAAGCUCGUCACACCUAUUGGCAGUUUCGUUUGCACGCUCUAACAAAGCUUCUGCUAGUGGCAGCGCAGGGGAGCAAAGUUCAGAGGGCAAGGGUGUGGCUAAUGAGGAACAGGUUGUCCCCGUCUCGCGCAAAGAUCGGCUAAAGAAGGCGAUCAAGGAGUACGGCUCCACCGUGCUCGUGUUCCAUGUCAGCAUUAGUCUGGCGUCGUUGGGCACCUGCUAUCUGCUGGUAUCGAGCGGAAUAGAUAUGGUGUCGCUGUUGGAACGCAUGGGCUGGGGCGAUUCGGCGCUGGCCAGCAAGGCGGGUGCCGGCGCCGGCACGUUCGUCAUCGCUUACGCCAUCCACAAGGUGUUUGCGCCGGUGCGCAUCAGCAUCACGCUCGGUGCGACACCGCUCAUCGUGCGCUACCUUCGCCGGAAGGGCAUCCUGAAGCCACCAGCAUCGUCGGCGCCAGCCGGCAGCUCGUCGUCCCCAGCAUCAUCGAAGCCGACUGACCAAUCUUAGGAAUAGGACAUUCACCAUUAAGCUGUGCUUUGGGCUGUUCGAGAGCGCUUAGCGGAGGCGGAGAGAGUGAGAGUUUGAGAAUGGGAUAGAGAGUGUAUAUUUUUCUAUUUGAAAAACAUUUGCAAUCAUUCAUUCAUCAUUCAUCAUGCAAUCAUUGCAGCAUUCAGCAAUAAUAAAAAAGCUAUCAUAGCAGUAGGUGCCGUACCAACGAGCAAAGGUGCUGGUUUAAUUAUA